GGCAGUCAAACCAUCCGCAGUCGGGGCCAUCGAAGCCCCUGUAGCCGACUAUUGAAACCGCCGUCAGGGUGAUCGAAACUCCCGGGUCGGUGCGGUUGAAACUCUCCACAGCAUGGAACUCCUGAGUCGGCCUCUUCUUACCAGAGACCACGGGCUUCACGAUGUUAAAGUCCACAGGCCCCACGGUUGCAGCUUUGAUCCCCGGCAAAGGGAUCGUAAGCUCCGCGAUGUUAAAGUCCUGCAGACUACUGCAGCUUGGAGCACCCGUCGGUCUCCAGGAAAGGCCGCCAUCUCCACGAUGUUAGGCCGCAGUGCAGACGGAGAUACAAUAUGGAAAAAAAUCUAAUCUCCAUUGAGGAUUCUAAAGAUGGCCAGCAUGGAACUUGGAAAAGCAAAAUUGCCGCGAACUGCAAUUAAUGUAUUGCAUCAAGCUCUUCAUCCUAUUCAUGGGAUUGCCUGGACUGAUGGAAAGCAAGUUGCUCUCACUGCUGUUUAUCUAGUCAAUGGUGAGGUAAAGUUUGGAGAUAGCAGUGUCAUUGGAAGUUUUGAACAUGUGAAUGGACUUCACUGGGGUCCUGUUUAUUAUACAGGGACUCUGGCAUUGCUUGCAGUUCAGCAUAAAAAGCAUAUAACUGUGUGGCAGUUACAAAACAGCACAUUAGAAGAAAACAAACUUUUGGUUUCCCAAACUUGUGAACUGGGAGAGAUUUUUCCAAUUCUGCCACAAGGCUGUGUGUGGCAUCCAAAACAUGAUGCCUUGGUGGUGCUAACAAAAAAAGAUGCCUCAGUAUUGUUUGCCGUGCAGAUUGAUAAUCGUAGAGUUAAAGCAGACAUUACAGGUACUGGCUUGAUUCAUUGUGCUUGCUGGACUGCAGAUGGAAAUCGUUUGGUGAUUGCCAUAGGCAGCGCCCUUCAUUCUUAUAUUUGGAAUAAUGCUCAAAAGACUCUUCGUGCAUGCAGUUUUUGUCCUAUAUUUGAUGUUGGGGGAUAUAUCUGUGCAGUCGAGGCAUGCAUGGAAUUACAAGUGGUUGUGACAACUGAACUGCCCCUUGAUAAAAUUUGUGGUCUCAAUGCUGGCCUUGCCUUUCACGUUACACCCACAUCAGAAACUGGUUCUGCAAUCUCACGACCCACGAUGUUAGCUGUGGAUGAAACACAUUCCAUGGAUUCAAGAAGAAAAUCAAUAGAUUCCUCAAAGUCGUUAAUAGAGGAACCAACAUUUUCAUCAUCUGGUCCUGUGGACUUGACCCACAUUCUGGCAAAUCAUCGAAAAUCUGAUCCCAGUCCCCUACUCCACCUGCGACGAAGAGAUUGCAUUACUGGAAGUGGUCAUGAUUCUUCACAUCUGAUUUUAGUCACUUUUGAGAGAAAAGUGACAACAACCAGAAAAGUAAGCAUACCUGGGAUUCUGGUCCCUGAUAUAGUAUGUUUUGACCCCCAUCGAUGUACAAUUGCUGUAUCAUCCAAUACGUGUAACAUAAUAUUACUCUAUACAGUCACUCCCUCAAGUAUGCCUAAUAUUCAGCAAAUUCAUUUGCAAAACAAUGAACGGCCAAAAGGUAUGUGUUUUCUGACUGAAACAUUGUUACUGCUUUUAGUUGGGAGACAGAAAUCAAAUGACCUUGCUUUUCUUCCAUCUUCUAACUCGGAUCGCUACUUAAUCAGGUUUAUGAGUAGAAAGCUCCUGUUAGAUGAUUCUUGUGUGUUACCAGACUCUCUGCAGAUUGGGCAGCCGGGUAUUAGUAUCUCUGGAAUGAAGAAAUAUUUUGAAAAUCUGUCCAAGGAAGAGGCAGCUAUAAGUAAAGAACUAUUAUUGCCAGGGAAUACCACAAUUCAAUUUCCAAGUAAUAAAAAAGGAUUAAUAGAAGAAAUAAUGAACAGCAGUAGUGAACAUAGCUCAGCAACAAGCACCCCUAAACCAACAGAUGAAUCAGCACACAGUGAAUCUACAAUGGUUUUGAAAAACUAUGAUGCAGAACCUAUGAAUAUCAUAAUGCCUGGACUUGGACCACUAAAUAGAGAUUUGAGGAGCCCUGUCUUAGUUAAGGAAGAUCACAAUGCACAAGCAAGUGCUAGAACUGUACUGAAUGGCAGUGAUAAAGUGGAUGAUGAAAUUAAACAACUGUCUAAAAAAAUGGAAAAAAUGCUUGAUAGCUUCAAAGAAAUGAAACAGUGCCUUUCUCAAAUAUCAGAUAGUACAAGAAAUGGAAAGAAGUCAUCAAUGGCCUAUCCAUCAGAUCCUUCAUUUCUUUAUAUCAUCUGUCAGAAAAAGCUGCAGGAGAAUACAGUUGUGGAUGAAAAACGAGCUUUUCUCCUUUGUGAAGACAAGCUUCGCCUAAGUACAGUCCAAGAAGUUUUUAACCUUUUUGUUGUUGAAAUGUAUUACGGUUCUAAUUGGAUAGUUUUGACUGCUGAUAGUGAUGGAUUUGCUCCAUUAACAUUCAAACACAAACAGGAAAUUAUGAUUCGUGAUGGUAAACAAACAAUAGGACUUCUAGAUUUUCCACCACCUCCAUCUCCAACCGACACGAUUACUCUGGACAACUGCAGAAGUGCAACGUAAUUGUGUUUGCAUAAAUGUUUGGAAAUGCAAACAAACUUCUUCUUAAUGAUGUUAUUUGUAAAUGAGCAGAUAAAUAAUAAAUUAUUUGAGUUUGUUUUAAUCAUAUGUGCAUACAGAGUAUCACUGAAUUUUCUUUCCGUUGGAGACUUCUUUAGGAGCACUGUUCAAGAGUAAAUCAUUCAGCAUCUCGAGCUUGUUCCACAAUAUGAUAAAAUCUUAGUUAUUUGCUUUCUUAAUCUCAUCUGUCUACCAUUUUCCAUGUAUACGCUUGGCCAACAUAGAUUUAUGUUUCUGAAGAAGGGUUUCGGCCCGAAACGUUGCCUAUUUCCUUUGCUCCAUUGAUGCUGCUGCACCCGCUGAGUUUGCUCCAGCUUUUUAGUGUACCUUAGA